AUGAACAGCACAUGUAUUGAAGAACAGCAUGACUUGGAUCACUAUUUGUUUCCAGUUGUUUACAUCUUUGUGGUAAUAGUCAGCAUUCCAGCCAACAUCGGUUCUCUAUGUGUGUCUUUUCUGCAAGCAAAGAAGGAAAAUGAAUUAGGCAUUUACCUCUUCAGUUUAUCCUUAUCAGAUCUGCUGUAUGCCUUGACUCUCCCUCUAUGGAUUGAUUAUACUUGGAAUAAAGACAACUGGACAUUCUCUCCUGCCCUGUGCAAAUGGAGUGCCUUCUUCAUGUACAUGAACUUUUACAGUAGCACAGCUUUCCUCACCUGCAUCGCGAUUGAUCGGUAUUUAGCAGUUGUCUACCCUUUGAAGUUUUCUUUUCUAAGGUCAAGAAGAUGUGCGUUCAUGGUGAGCCUUUUCAUCUGGAUAUUGGAAACCAUCUUCAAUGCUGUCAUUUUGUGGGAAGACGAAACAGCUGUUGAAUAUUGUGAUGCCACAAAGUCUAACUUUACUUUAUGCUAUGACAAAUAUCCUUUGGAGAAAUGGCAAAUCAGGUUUAACUUUGCUAGGACGUGUGUAGGCUAUAUGAUACCUUUGGUCAUCAUAAUGGCUUGCAACCAGAAAGUCUACAAAGCUGUGCAGCAAAAUCAAGCCACAGAAAACAGGGAAAAGAAGAGAAUCAUAAAACUACUUGUUAGUAUCACGUUGACUUUUAUCUUGUGUUUUACUCCCUUUCAUGUGAUGUUGCUGAUUCGCAGCGUUUUAGAGCAUGAUAUGAACUUAGAUGAACAUAUGUUUGACCAUAACAAGCCUGGGAAGCAGAGUUAUAAAAUCUAUAGAAUCACAGUUGCAUUAACAAGUUUAAAUUGUGUUGCUGAUCCAAUUCUGUACUGUUUUGUAACUGAAACAGGAAGAUCGGAUAUGUGGAAUGUAUUCAGAGUCUUUACCAAGAAGUUUAAUAAAUCAAAAAGACGAGGAAAAAGCAUACUUUCUAUGUCUACAAAAGAUACUGUGGAAUUAGACAUCCUGGAAUAG